AUGGAAGAGUCCCGCCCACUCCGUCUGACAGGGGGAGGAGGAGCAGCCCCCGCCCCCGUUGCCCCGGUGGCCCCGGUUGGCCCGGUUCCCCCGGUGGCCCCGGUGGCCCCGGUGGGGCCGGCCGCUCCUCCCGCUCCUCCCGCUCCCGCGGCUCCCCUCCCGCCGGCGGCGGCGGCGCCGUCCCCCGGGGGUUCCGGCGGGAGCCCGGCCGUGCUGCGCGAGGCGGUGGAGGCGGUCGUCAGGAGCUUCGCCAAGCACACGCACGGAUACGGCAGAGUGAACGUGGUGGAGGCCCUGCAGGAGUUCUGGCAGAUGAAGCAGUCCCGGGGGGCCGACCUGAAGAACGGGGCCCUGGUGGUCUACGAGAUGGUCCCCUCCAACAGCCCCCCGUACGUCUGCUACGUCACCCUGCCCGGCGGGAGUUGCUUCGGCAGUUUCCAGUUCUGCCCCACCAAAGCGGAGGCCCGGCGCAGCGCGGCGAAGAUCGCGCUGAUGAACUCCGUGUUCAACGAGCACCCUUCCCGGCGGAUCACGGAGGAGUUCAUUGAGAAGAGCGUGUCGGACGCCCUGGCGACUUUCAACGGCAACCCGGAGGAGGCGGACAACCCCAACACCGGCAUCGGCGCCUUCCGCUUCAUGCUGGAGUCCAACAAGGGCAAGUCGAUGCUGGAAUUCCAGGAGCUGAUGACGGUUUUCCAGCUGCUGCAUUGGAACGGCAGCCUGAAAGCCAUGCGGGAACGGCGAUGCUCCCGGCAGGAGGUCCUGGCCCACUACUCGCACCGGACGCUGGACGACGACAUCCGUCACCAGAUGGCCCUGGACUGGGUGAGCCGGGAGCAGGGGGUGGCGGGAGCCCUGGCCCGGGAGCUGGCCGCCACCGAGCGGGAGCUGGACCAGGCGCGCCUGGCCGGCAAGGAGCUGCGCUUCCACAAGGAGAAGAAGGACAUCCUCCUCCUGGCCGCCGGACAGCUCGCCUCCCCGCACUCGCCGCCCGCCUGCUAGGCCCCCGGCCGCCCCCCCCCCCCAACACUGCCGCCGCUCGCCCCAGCCCCGCUUCCGACCGAUUCCAGUCCCCGGACCCUUUCCUCUUGGUUUAUCGUUUAUCGCCCCCCACGCCGGGGGCGCUUACUCUAGGCGUCGAGACGCCGUACUGGGCGGGCGAAUUGGGUCAGGCGCGGGCCCCGGGCUGUUCCGUCUCCUCCCCGUCCCGUCGGGCCCAGGGGCGGCAGCGCCCUGCCCCUUCUCCCCCCCCCACGGCCCCCCGGGGGUCCGUCGCUGCACUUUAAAGGCACACCCCCCCCCGACCCCCAAGUCGCCCCCUUUCCCGUUUCCGGCCCCCCACUUUUAAGAAGGGCAGACCCCUACCUGCCCCAGACUCCCCUCCCAUAUCCCGGCAACACGGGGUCCCCCUCGGAACAGAUGGGGGGCCACCGGUGCCCUGACCUCCCUCUCUCCUGCCCACCCCCAUCGUCGCCGUGGCUCCGGGGCCCGGGAAGGGGCCAGAUGCCAUUUUCCGCCGGGUUCCCCUUUGGACUCCCUUCUGGAAACCCACUCCUCGUCUUCAGCCCCCAACGAGGGGACGGUGCCGGGGGGGCGUCAGCCCCCUCCUGCCUUCGUCCCCGGCCGGCCGUGACCCGACCAAGAGGCCAUCGGCUUCAUCCCCCUGUCCGGGGGCCGGUCGGCGCCCCGGGCCUCACACCUCCAACCACCUUUCCCGCCCAUUUUUGGUCCUAUUUUUGAUCCCAAAGGACCCCCCCCAACCCACCGCCGGUGGCCCCAAGACCCGCCAACGGGCGCAGGCCAUUCCCCACCCUCCCCCAGCCCGGGACCCCAGACCCCAUCCUGUCCCAUGUAUUUCGUACGUAUAAUUUUAUAUAAUAAACCAAUUUUGUGUAGCAACCAGA